AAGAAUUAAAAACUCGAAAACAGAAUCUUAAAAACCUACAUCUGUUUCCUAUCUUUCUUUGUCCCCCUCGAUCUCGAUCGAUUUCGCUCCUGUUUUCAUCUUCACCGGUAAUUUCACGGCGGGAUCGGAUCUUUCUCGGGGAGCCAAGUCGGUUGCAUUUUGUUCACCCGUAAGCGCGCAUGCUCUCUCGCUUUCUCUGGAAAUUCUCUGAGGAACUAUUGCUAAAUUACGUUAAGAAGAAGAAAUAAGGCAAAGAUGGUGAAGAUGACAAUGAUAGCCCGUGUUACUGAUGGUCUGCCUCUGGCAGAGGGUUUGGAUGACGGGCGCGACUUGCAAGAUGCUGACAUGUAUAAGCAGCAAGUCAAGGCUCUUUUUAAGAAUCUUUCGAGAGGACAAAACGAGGCUUCAAGGAUGUCAAUUGAAACCGGCCCUUAUGUUUUCCAUUACAUCAUAGAAGGACGUGUUUGCUACUUGACAAUGUGCGACCGUGCUUAUCCCAAGAAACUUGCUUUUCAAUAUUUGGAAGACCUGAAGAAUGAGUUUGAACGUGUCAAUGGAGCUCUCAUUGAAACAGCUGCUCGGCCAUAUGCCUUCAUUAAAUUUGAUACCUUUAUGCAGAAAACCAAGAAACUGUACCAAGACACUCGUACUCAACGGAAUAUUGCCAAGUUGAAUGAUGAACUUUAUGAGGUCCAUCAAAUAAUGACGAGAAAUGUGCAGGAAGUGCUUGGGGUUGGCGAAAAGCUUGACCAGGUCAGUGAGAUGUCAAGCCGGUUAACCUCAGAAUCCCGUAUAUAUGCUGAUAAGGCCAAAGAUUUGAACCGCCAGGCUUUGAUACGGAAGUGGGCACCGGUAGCCAUAGUGUUCGGGGUCGUUUUCGUCCUCUUCUGGGUCAAGACGAAGCUAUGGUAAGGCAUCCAUCUCUCUGGGGUUUCGGCGGAUUCACAGCCAGGGGACAUGGAUGAGCUGGGGCUGAGCUUCCAUAUUCCGGCAGUUGUUUGUUACCUCAUCUUGUCUGGAAGAGGAACUUGUGAAACACACUUGUAGUGACUUGGGGACAUUUUCAAGUUAUGGAAACUAAAAGAGUACAUGGGGUUGGCGGUAAAAUAUUAAAUAUCAGUAUCGUAGAAUCUCGAAUCGGCGACUUUUUUACUGUUUUGUUUUGGCGUUCUCUUUUCCAUUGCGAUUAUUUACAAUCUUCGUCUCCGUUUCUCA